AUGUCCACUUUACCCCCCGAAAAAGAUGAUAUAAACCCCCUUGAAGGCAUUCCCCGAGAGCAACUCAAGAUCGAUGCAAGACUCUUCGCCAUAGGCCUUGGGCUGCAAAAUGAGAUCACCUACUUCGAAAAGGGGGCGUUGGCAGCACAGAGCCCAAAAGCCUACGAAGACAUACCGGAGCUCACUGAGGAUGACCGAGCCAUUCUAACAAACGAAAUCGAGCAUCGCUGGAGGCAUCCUAAAGCCCUCUAUUUUACCAUUCUUAUGAACUCGGUCAGCGCAGCAAUCCAGGGUUGGGACCAGACGGGUUCCAACGGAGCGAACUUGUCUUUCCCUCAAGCUUUUGGCAUCGCGGAUAAAGGCGAGGCCUGUGUCAUAGCUGGAACAUGUGCAAGAAACUCCUGGAUCAUUGGUGCCAUAAACAGCGCGCCAUACAUGGCCAUUUGCGUCAUCGCUUGUUGGCUUUCUGACCCCGUUAACAACUGGUUCGGGAGAAGAGGUGCAAUCUUUCUGGGCGCCAUCUUCAGCAUUCUCGGCCCUGUUGGCCAAGCACUUUGCCAGACGUGGCCACAGAUCUUGGUCUGCAGGGUCCUUCUCGGCAUGGGAAUGGGACUCAAAGAAGUCACCGUGCCCGUGUUCUCGGCCGAAAACUCACCACCUAAUAUACGUGGAGCUCUGGUCAUGUCGUGGCAACUCUCCAGCGCUUUUGGUAUCAUGCUAGGCUUCCUUGCAAAUCUCGCUGUGGUCGGGUUUGGGGACAUCGCAUGGAGACUCCAACUUGGUUCUGCCAUGAUACCUGCGGUACCUUUACUUUUGGGAAUCUACUUUACACCCGAAUCGCCCCGAUGGCUGUUGAAGAAGCGCAGGUUCAUUCAAGCCUACGAGUCACUCCUGAGACUGCGUGGCAGUAAUCUGCUCGCCGCUAGGGACCUUUACUUCGUCAACGCUCAGGUCGAGAAGGAACAGGAACUGAUAGAGGCUGAUGGGCUUGGGAAGAGCAACUUUUUCGCCAGGUGCCUAGAAUUGUUUACCAUCCCCAGGAUCCGUCGGGCGACCCAAGCAUCGGGCAUCGUCAUGGCAGCCCAGCAGUUCUGUGGAGUCAAUCUCAUGUCCUUUUACUCUUCGACGCUUUUUGAGGAAGCAGGGGCAAGUAAUACCAUUGCUCUCUUGGCCUCAUGGGGAUACGGCAUGGCAAUGUUUCUUUUCGCGAUACCGGCCUUGUGGACCAUCGAUCGCUGGGGCCGCAGAGCGCUGUUGUUGGCCACCUUUCCAAACAUGUGCUGGGCUAUGUUAGCAGCAGGCAUGGCCUUCUACAUUCCGCAGAGCAGUCCCGCACACCUCGGUGUCAUAUGCUUGUUCAUCUAUCUCUUCGCCGCCUUUUAUGGUCCGGGAGAGGGACCAGUUGCGUUUGUCUACUCGGCUGAGGUCUUCCCUUUAUCACAUCGCGAGGUCGGCAUGGCUUGGGCAGUCGCAACGAACAACUUCUGGGCCAUCGUUGUGGCACAAACAUCCCCGCCACUUCUCCAGGCAAUCAAACCCCAAGGUGUUUUCACACUUUAUUCUGUCUUUGGAGUAGUAUGCUUGGUUCUCAUAUUUCUGUUCCUUCCAGAGACAAAGCAGCGCUCUCUUGAAGAACUGGAUGACGUCUUCUCAGUUUCUACCAGGCGACAUGCGUCUUAUCAACUGUUCGAGGCGUUGCCAUGGUGGUUCAAGCACUAUAUCAUGCGUCAGCAAGGCGAGCCUGAGCCUACUCUAUAUCGCUUCGAAGUAGAGGAAAACAUUGAGUCGGGAUCAAAGUCCUGA